AUGGUAUACUACUUUACCUCAAAUGUGGUGAACCCUGCUGCCUUUAUCUAUGUCGGAAAAGACAAAUUUGAAAAUGAGGAUCUCAUCAAAUACGGCCUAGAGAAGGAUGUCUGGGUUUGUGUCCACCUCCCUACUCCCGAGACUCAAAGCAUAAUGAGGUCCAAACUCUUGUACUUAUGGAGUACCCAGUUUCAUGUCGAUAAUCUAUCGAGUGCUCACGUUUACCUGCGCCUUCGCGAUGGUGAAACGUGGGACCAGAUCCCACAACCGCUCCUAGAAGACUGUGCCCAGCUCACCAAAGCCAAUUCCAUUGAAGGAAACAAGAAGGAUAACAUCACGGUGAUUUACACGCCAUGGUCAAAUUUGCUGAAAGACGGGUCAAUGGCGACUGGACAGGUCUCAUUCCACAACCCCAAAAUUGUUCGAAAAGUCUACGUUCGACAGCGAGAAAAUGCAAUUGUCAAUCGGCUCAACAAGACUCGCGAGGAGAGAUUUCCGGAUCUUCGCGCAGAGAAGGAGGAAUCUCUAAAGAAAAAGCAAAAGGAAGAACGAAGGGCAAGAGACGAGCAAAAAGCCAGGGAAAAGCAGGAAAAGAGAGAACGUGAACAGCUUAAAUGGCAGAAAGAGCAUGCCUACGAUGACCUGUUCAGUGAAGAGAACAUGCAGGCAAGCAGCAAUCAGGAUCGAGACUCAGACUUCCUAGACGACUUCAUGUGA